CAUCGCCGCGCCUUCCGGUUGAUCCGUGCCCGUUGGCUGAACCGGACUUUGCAACAUUGGGGCAUUGUUUUCCAAGAAAAAGUUUGUGUAUUUAGUGCUAAAUUGUUCUCAGCCUCGUGCCGGUUUUGCGCUAUUGUCCCGUUUCGCUUCCCGUCUGAAAGUGCAGCCUGCUCGGAUGUGAAUCAUCGGCGGCCCAAACUUCACCCAAAGCAAUCGCUAGUAUGCCCCACUGUUCGAAACCUGCAUCCGUGGAUAUGCAAUCAACCACCACCAGCUCCACCACCAACACGGUAGUAAUGGAUAGCAAUCGGAGCACCAAGCCGAGCAGCGGCCAUCGGCUGAAUCCAAACGAUUUCUAUUUCGGCAAAAUGCUCGGCGAAGGAAGCUUCAGCUGUGUUUACCUGGCCAAAGAAGUUAGAACAUCCAAAAAAUACGCAAUAAAAGUGUGCGAAAAGCGGCUCAUACUGCGGGAAAAGAAGCAAGAGUACGUGAAGCGCGAACGGGAAGUGCUGAACCGGCUCACCGGGCGGCCCGGUUUCCUGGGGCUGUACUGCACUUUCCAGGAUCGCAGCAAGCUCUACUUCGUCAUGACAUACGCCUGCAACGGUACGCUGCUGACGCUGCUGUCCCGGCCCUCUUUCACGCUGGACUGUGCGCGGUUCUAUGCGGCCGAAAUACUGCUCGCCCUCGAAACCAUGCACGACAUGGCCAUCCUGCACCGGGACAUCAAGCCGGAAAACAUUCUGCUGGACGAGCGCAUGCACGUGCUGAUCGCUGACUUCGGCUCCUCCAAGCUCGACUACAAGGAGGAGGACGAGGACGAGGAGGAGCAGGCGGACAGUGGGUGCGAGGAAAAGAAGGACGCACCAUCCUCGCCCACCAUGUCGACGGCACGCAAGCACGCCCAGCGGGUGCUCGGGGCCGAGUACGACGACGACGAUACGGACGAUAAUGGGGAGGACGCGCCGCCAGCAACACGCCCGCCCAACAAGCGGCGCAGCUUCGUCGGCACCGCCCAGUACGUCUCGCCCGAAAUCCUUACCGGUACACCUUCCUCGCCCGCCUCCGAUCUCUGGUCGUACGGCUGCACGCUCUACCAGAUGGUGUGCGGCGUGUCGCCGUUCCGGGCCGCGUCCGAGUAUCUGAUCUUCAAGAUGAUCCUCCGCUGCCAGGUCUCGUACGCGGACAGCUUCGACCACACGGCAAAGGAUCUGGUGACGCGCCUGCUGCAUCUGGAGCAGUCGAAGCGGCUCGGCGCGCGGGACAGCCCGCGCUACCGCACGAUACGCCAGCACGCGUUCUUCGAGGGGAUUGAUUUCGAGCAUCUGCGCCAACAGCCGGCCCCGAUGCCGUCCACCAACACGGAAACAGUAUUAAACAAUGAGACGGUCCACUUCCCCGAGGGCAUGCAGCCCGGGCUGGACGACAGGCAGAUAACGCGCCUGUUCGACUUUAAGCUGGCCGAGGUGAAGGAGAACGAUGACGCUCGCGACGACGAAGACGACGACGAGGAUGAGGAGGUGGUGGGACGCAGCGGUAGCGUGGAAGGCGAGCGCAAAAAGGGUGAUAAGACUCGUGGCAGCAGUGGAGGGGGAGGAGGAGGAGGAGAAAGUGGAGGCGAAAGUGUGGACAAAGACGAAGCCGACAGUAACCGGGCCGGGACGGGGCGCGUGUUUAGCUUAACGCGUUCCGGGCUGUCGUCGCUCAAGUUCUUCAAAACAGUCGAGGAAGCGUUCAAGAACGAUCCGGGCCCGGUGAGCCUGUGGCAGCCGUUUGCAGACGGCGACGAGAUCCUAAAGUACGGCAUCAUCUACAAACGCAAAGGACUGUUUGCCAGGCGUCGCAUGCUACUGCUGACGAAGCGACCGCGGCUAAUCUACAUCGAUCCGGUAACCAUGGUGAAGAAGGGCGAGAUUCCCUGGACCUCCUCGCUGUCGGUUGAGGCGAAGAACUUCAAAACGUUCUACGUAAACACGCCAAACCGAAUUUACUAUCUGGAAGAUCCGGAAGGAUUUGCACUGAAGUGGUGUGAUACCAUUACCGACGUUCAUCGAAAGGCUUUCCUAAAUAGUGAGAAUAAUGAUACCACCACCACGACCACAUCCAACAGUCUCGUUCAAAAGGAAUAAGAGAUGUGUGCGUAUGUGUAUGUGGGUACGUCGUGAUGAUUGUUCGUGUGUAUGGUGUGCAUGUGUGUGUGUGUGUUUGUGCGUGUGCGUGUGUACAAAAAAGAGCAAUCUUAUCGUUCAGCGCUUUCAGCUACUGCUGCGAUCAUGUAAAUCAUGCAUGUUUAGGAUAGGAGUGAAAUGAAGAAUUGAAGGCAGAAGGGUGGUAAUUGAAAGGACUGUUAGGAAACAAGGCUAGACAAGUAACAACGGCAUAUAAUAAAUAAGCAGCAGGGCACGUUUAGUUUCACUUAAAA